GUUGUACGUGCAUCCGCUUCACGUCGACGUAUGGUAAAGAGCGCGGCAUAUUCAGCAGCCCCGACUACCCACGCCCCUACCCGUCACACAUUGACUGCCUCCUCUACACAUUUGUGGCGGCGCCGCACGAAAUUGUCGAACUCGUGUUCACCGACUUUGAAAUACACAAGGAACAUGUCGAGUGA